AUGUAUAUGCAGCGCUUGGUGAUUGUGCUGGCGGUGGUACUUUUCUCGGUGCUUGUGUUGGCUGCUGAGGAUUAUUACAAGGUUCUGGGCUUGGAUAAGUCGGCUUCGGAGAAGGAUAUCAAGCGCGCGUAUCGGACGCUUAGCAAGAAGUAUCAUCCGGAUAAGAAUCCUGGCGACGAAUCCGCACGCGAGAAGUUCGGCGAAAUUGCCGACGCCUACGACGUCCUCUCCACGUCGUCCCUGCGCAAGAUCUACGAUCAAUACGGCCACGAUGGCGUCGAGCAGCACCGCAAGGGUGGUGCAGCGGGCGGUCGCUCCAAUGACCCCUUCGAUCUAUUCUCGCGGUUCUUUGGCGGCGGUGGACACGCCGGACAUGCACCCGGACACCGGCGCGGACCGGACAUGGAAGUAAAAGCAUCGCUGCCACUACGUGAUUUCUACACGGGGCGGGAGAUCAAUUUCCUAGUUGAAAAGCAGCAGAUCUGCGAUGAUUGCGAGGGCACCGGGUCGAAGGAUCGCCAGGUUGUGCACUGUGAUCAAUGCGGUGGGCGUGGCGUGGUUAUCAGGAAGCAUAUGCUUGCGCCGGGGAUGUUCCAGCAGGUGCAGAUGCAGUGUGACCAGUGCGGCGGACAGGGGAAGAAGAUUAAGCAUCCUUGUCCUGUGUGUCAUGGGCAACGGGUGGUGAAGAAGGCUGUGGAGACGAGUGCGGAAAUCGAGAGGGGCAUGGAUAAAGGGACGAGGCUUGUUUUCGAGAACGAGGCUGAUGAGAGUCCUGACUGGGUUGCGGGUGAUUUGAUUGUUAUUCUUGAUGAGAAGGAGCCUGAGCUUGGGACGACGGAUGAGGAGCGCACGGAUGGGACGUUCUUCCGUCGGAAGGGCAAGGAUCUGUUCUGGAAGGAGACGCUUUCUUUACGGGAGGCUUGGAUGGGCGAGUGGACGCGUAAUGUCACGCAUUUGGAUGGACAUGCUGUUCGGCUUGGGCGCAAGCGCGGCGAGGUCGUUCAGCCUUUGGCCGUUGAGACGGUUAAGGGCGAGGGUAUGCCACAUUAUUCCGACGCCCAUCUACAUGACCAGCACGACGAGGAUGACUCGCCUGGUAACCUGUACGUGGAGUACGCGGUUGUGUUGCCGGAUGAGAUGGAGAGUGGGAUGGAGAAGGAGUUCUUUGCGCUUUGGGAGAAAUGGCGCAAGAAGAUUGGAGUUGAUCUGGCGACGGAUAGUGGCAGGCCGAUUCCUCCGCCGGCGGAGGAGUAUGAGAAGGAUGAGCUGUGA